AUGGAUCUGCUGCACUUUGAUAGAAAACGAGGGCGCACGUUUGAUGAAGACGCGCCGACGCCGAGCGGUUCAUUUGAGGUAGACGUGCUCACCAACGUGUCCAUCGUGCGAAAUCGAGGCGGAGAAGAUGAAGGCCGGAGAUUACACGAACAGGGUCACUUUGGGCAUUUCCUGUGGGACGAAUUUCGACAGUCGAACGCCGCAUCGGCUGAUUGCGAGGAAAACGAUGAAGUGGGCGCCAAAAUGGGCCAGGAGGACGACUGGGAGCCGGAAACGAAACGCCGGAAAAGCGUAGAUCCGAAUUCUCGACGACCGGACGACCCGGAAAGUCGAUCUGGCGAGAGAAGAGUUAAAAAUGGGAAAAAGCGCGGAAAACAAGCCGCUAAUGGGCAAAAUGGGAAAAACCUGGUGAGAUGUACGGACACGCAACUUCGACUGAACGUGGAGGAGACGCUGUUUUUAUGCUGGCGCGGGACGAUCGUCGCCUUCAAAGAGGAAUCCCUGCUCGACUGCCAGGCCCUGUGGGAGCAUUUUACGGUGUACAAUGACGCGGCCGCGAUGGCACGGCAAUUCCUCGUCUACACCCGACUGCGCGAUGAUGGAUGGGUGCCGGCGGCUGGCACGAAAUUUGGCGUUGAUUACUUGAUCUACAAGUACGGUCCCGACUACUACCACGCGACAGCCGGCGUGAAGAUCGCCUCCUCGUUGGCGCCGUCGGAGAUGAUCGCCUACAAUCGUUGCCUCUUCAACGCGAGAAAGGCAUUGAUCGUGGCCACCGUUGAUCUACCAGAAAAUUCGAAUCUGGCCGAAUUUUCGGCACUACAAGAUGCAUACGUGGAGUUACAAGUGCAGAGCACAUUCUUCCCGAAUCGACACCGAGAA